AUGGGAACCCUCGCCGGCUGGCGGAGGCAAGACGCAUUUAAACUGAGAUCGGCCCCCAUGGAGGGACGUAUGGAGGCCACACCUGAGGAGUCAAGUGCGAAUGGCCAAUCAGUCCCUUACUUGGGAUACAUUGAACUUGGCAUCACCUUCUCUGAAGACUUCGUAGGGUCUGAGAUAGAGGUCCACACCUUGGCUCUGGUUAUCCCUAAUCUACGCAUGAACAAUGAAAGACAUCUGCAAGACCUACCUGAGGAGUCAAGUCCCCCUCUUGAGCAGCCUGUCAAAAUUAGAGCUCAACGGAAGAGACAUAUAGGUAAGUUUCCUAAUAAACUGGUGGGAACAAAGACCACAGCCCAAGUGACCAUUGUUGGAAGGAGCACUGGAUGUCUUUUGGAUACGGGUUCACAGGUCACAACUGUGCCUCAGUCCUUUUACGAGCAGUAUUUGUCAGAUCUGCCUAUUCAUCCAUUAAAUGAUCUCCUUGACGUUGAAGGUGCGAAUGGCCAAUCAGUCCCUUAUUUGGGAUACAUUGAACUUGGCAUCACCUUCUCUGAAGACUUCGUAGGGGCUGAGGUGGAGGUCUACACCUUGGCUCUGGUUAUCCCUCACCUCCGGACCGCUACGCAUGAACAAGUGCUUAUUGGCACUAACACUCUUGAUGUUCUGUAUAAGGACUUCCAGACUAGUGAGGAUCCUUCUUUUCAGCCAGCGACGCAUGGUUAUCGAGCGGUCCUUAAGAUCCUGGGCCUGCGACAAGACAAGGAGAGAGACAGUCAUUUGGGCUGGAUAAAGGUGAGCGGGAGGGAACCGGAAAUCAUCCCACCUGGGAAAACAGUUGUGAUUGAAGGGUUGGCUAACAUUUCUGACACUCACUGUGUGAGAGAGGCCUUGAUCGAACAGCCAUUAGCUACAACCCUACCUGGUGGCUUAUUGGUUAUGUCCAGCUUAGUCAGCUUGCCAAAAAAACGAUUUAGCCAACUGCCGGUUGUGAUAAAAAAUGAAACUGAUCGUGAGAUCGUCAUACCGCCAAACACUGUAUUAGCGGAAGCCAAUGCCGUGGAGCACGUGCUGCACAAAGAGCAAACUAAAACGGCACCGGAUUGUUCGGAUGGGCCGGGAGCGUGUCCGCAAAAAACCCCCCUUAGUUUUGACUUUGGGGAAUCCCCCUUGCCCCCUGAAUGGAAAGAGAGGAUCUCCGGCAUGUUGAAUUCAAUGUCGGAUGUGUUCUCUCAAGAUGCUCUUGAUUUCGGUCACACAACCAAAGUCAAACACAGGAUUCGACUCAACGAUGAGACACCCUUUAAACAGAGACCCCGUCCCAUACAUCCUCAUGACAUGGAGGCAGUGAGAAGACAUCUGCAAGACCUUCUUGACUCUGGUAUCAUCAGAGAGUCCGAAUCACCUUUCGCUUCUCCCAUUGUGGUUGUUAGGAAAAAGGAUGGUUCUGUUCGUCUUUGUGUGGAUUUUCGGAAGUUAAAUCUACAAACGAUUAAAGACGCCUAUGCCCUCCCAAAGCUAGAGGAAACAUUUUCUGCCCUUGCUGGCUCAAAAUGGUUUUCUGUGCUGGACCUCAAGUCUGGGUAUUACCAGAUUGAGAUGGAUGAGUCGGACAAGCACAAAACUGCAUUUGUGUGUCCGCUGGGGUUCUGGGAAUUCAAUCGGAUGCCACAAGGUAUUACAAAUGCCCCAUCAACGUUCCAACGACUAAUGGAGAAGUGUGUAGGAGAGAUGAAUCUGAGAGAAGUCUUAGUGUUCAUUGAUGAUUUGAUCGUCUUCGCAUCUUCCCUUGAAGAGCACGAACAACGCCUUAAGGGGGUGCUACAAAGACUGAGAGACUAUGGGCUGAAACUGGCACCAGAAAAAUGUAAGUUUUUCCAGACCUCGGUGAAAUAUCUUGGUCAUGUAGUGUCCGAAAGGGGGGUGGAAACAGAUGCAGAGAAAGUGGAGGCCCUAAAAACGUGGCCCACUCCUACCAACUUGAAGGAACUUCAGUCUUUUUUAGGCUUUGCGGGGUAUUACCGCCGAUUUAUUCAAGGGUAUUCCAGCAUUGUCAGGCCUCUCACUGUGCUAACCGCUGGAUACCCACCCAUCCGGAAAAGAGGCAAAAAAAUUAAAAGAGAUGCACACUCAGAGUAUUACCACCCUAGGGAUCCUUUCGGUCAGCGAUGGACAUCCCAAUGUCAGGAAGCAUUUGACCUGAUCAUUCAAAAGUUGACCUCAGCUCCAGUUUUGGGGUUUGCAGACCCUCAGCUUCCCUACAUUUUACACACCGAUGCCAGUACUAGUGGACUGGGGGCUGCUCUGUACCAGAUCCAGGAUGGUCAACCUAGAGCUUUAGCCUUUGCUAGUCGUAGUCUCACGAGGAGCGAAAAGAACUAUCCUGCCCAUAAGUUAGAGUUCUUGGCUCUGAAAUGGGCAGUGACAGAGAAGUUCUCCGACUACCUGUAUGGUGCAACCUUUACAGUGGUAACCGAUAGUAAUCCACUAACUUACCUGUUGACAACGGCAAAACUUGAUGCCACAGGUUACCGGUGGUUGUCUAGUCUCUCCACGUUUUCUUUUCGCAUCCAGUAUAGAGCUGGCAAACAAAACUUGGACGCUGAUGCUCUGUCCCGUCGUCCGAAUGGUCCACCUAGGGAUGAUCAUGCGUCACUAAAAGAGAGAGAGAGGAUUAAGCAGUUCGCUUUGUAUCAUCUCAGUGAGGAUGAUACCUCUAACACCAUACCGCAGAGCGUAGUCCAAGCUAUUUGUGAUAGGCACCUUGUCACUGUGGUUGAGAAUGAAAAUGUUCGUGGUUCUGGCCUUGGGCUGCCGCUGGUAGAAUCUCUGGCUCAUCAAUCCACAGCCAUUCCAGAUUCCCUUGAAGAAGAGCUGAUGGAUGGGUUUCCUCUCAUUGUCCCAUUUUCUAAAGAGGAACUCAGGCAACAACAAAGAAUAGACCCCGCAAUCAGUCAAGUGAUUGUCCAAUUGGAGACUAAUCAGAGUCCACCUCCUAGUCUCAAGGCAGAAUUUCCUGAACUUCCAUUGCUUCUCCGUGAGCUUAACCGCUUAGAGUUGCAAGAUGGUGUGCUUUAUCGAAGGCGACAGAAUAGAGCCAACAUCACCUUCCAAUUAGUGCUCCCUGAGGAGCUGCGAGCCAUGGCAUUUCAGAGCUUGCAUAAUGACAUGGGCCACAUGGGAGUAGAACGAACAGUGGAACUGGCAAGAACCAGAUUCUUCUGGCCAAAAAUGCAGGCAUCCAUGGAAAAAAUGAUCAAGUGUUGUGAGCAGUGUGUUUGUCGGAAAACCCCUCCUGAGAGGGCCGCUCCCUUGGUGAACAUUAAGACAUGUAGACCCUUAGAAAUGGUCUGA